CUGCGGUGCAGCGCGGUCCCCUCAGGCCGGGAUGGCGGCGGCGGGCGGGGGCGGCGGCGGCGGCGGAUCCUCCUCCCUCCUCGGCAGCGCCACAACGUGGCCCUUGAAGCGGUACGGCCGCUUCCUGCCCCCGGCAGAAUCCGACGAUGAGGGGCAAAACACCUCCUCUUGGAAGGUUUUUGAAUCAAAUGAAGAAUCAGGCCAUCUGAUCCUUACCAUUGUGGUAUCUGGCCAUUUCUUUAUUUCCCAAGGGCGAGCAGUGCUGGAAGGCUUUUCGUUAAUUGAUUCCCAUAAGUGGUUAAAGAUAGUCAGAAGAGCAGACUGCCUGCUGCUCCGCGCGCACUCAAAGAACGAAUGCCGCCUGUUCCGUGUGCAGUUUGGUGGCGAUUCCAAGGAGCAGAUGCUGGAACGCUGCUGCAGCUGCGUUCAGAAACUCGCAGAGUACGUCCCAGUGCAGGUCACGGAUGAGCAGAGCCAGCAGCUCUAUCACACUCUCCACCCGUUGGGAAACGGUGAAAAUCAAGAGCAGGACACCGAACAAAAUGCAUCAGUCCUACUUAUGCCAGACGAGCCUCUACCAGAUUCCUGCACAAGCCUUGGAGAAAGAAGAUCUGUAACACAGCUAGCACAGUGUGUGCUGAGGCGGCCGGCCGAGCUCUCGCUCGCGUGGCAGCGCGCGGUGUGGCGCGCAGAGGAGCUGGGGCCCUUCAUCCGCCUGUGUCUCAUGGAUCAGAAUUUCCCCGCUUUUGUGGAGGACGUGGAGAAGGAACUGAGAAAACUCGCGGAAGGCUGAGAAAUUCCAGCUUACGACAUGCUGCAGGAUACCCAACACUCGGGAUGCACACGCGUAAGUGUGA